GGCCCCGUCCCGGCUGGGCGGCCGCGCGGGGUGGCCGGAGCCCACACUGGCCUAGCGAGCGGCCACGUCCCGACCGCCUCUCCUUGGCCGGGCCGCGCCGCCUCCUCCCCGGAGCCGGUUGUCGGACACGUGAUUAAAACUUGGGGAGCGCUGUAGACCCUGAUCCACUUCGAAGACUCUUCUGUGCACGUGGGUUUUGAGGCGCCUGGCCCCCGCGAACAUGUCGAUGAGCCUUUUGGAGGACUGGUGCCGGGGGAUGGAAGUGGACAUCCGCAGGUCCCUGCUCGUCACGGGCAUCCCGGUGGACUGUGGCCAUCAGGAAAUUGAGGAGACCUUGAAUGGGGUCCUCUCCCCUUUCGGCCCAUAUCUGGUGCUCAACAAGAUCUUUGUGAGACAACAGAAUGCUAAAGCUGCCCUCAUUGAGGUUGGAGAGGGGGUGAAUCUGAGCACCAUACCCCGGGAAUUCCCAGGAAGGGGGGGUGUCUGGAGAGUAGUCUGCAGAGACCCCACCCAGGAUGCCGAGUUUUUGAGAAAUCUCGAUGAGUUCCUGGAUGCUGAGGGGCGCACCUGGGAGGAUGUGGUUCGCCUACUGCAGCUCAAGCAACCCCCACCACCCUCUAGCCAGCGCCUAGAGAACUGGGCAGAAGCUUUGGGGGUGUUCCUGGGGGCAGUGAUGCAAAUGAUAUUAAACAUGGAAGCUGAGGUUCACAGCCUGGAGGAAGCUAGGGCCCAGGUGCCAACGGCCCCUGCUGACACAGCAGGGGUAAAGGUCAAGAAGGAGCCAGGGCCUUCUGCAGAGGUGGGCUCCGCCCUGAAGGAUCCCCACAGCUGGGAUGACCUGGAAGCUGAGGGUGACCGCACCAAACCUUUGGGUAGCAAAGCCAGCACCAAGACUGGGCCCAACAGAAAGCAGCCGAAAAACAGCCCCAAGCAGGAAGCAGUACCCUGGAGGAAAUCUGAAGAUGAGUAUUCUAGCAGCUCGGCCUCCCUGGAGGACCCCCAGGCUGGUGAUGCUGAGGGUGUGGAGACCCCCAAAUGUACCAGGAGCCACAGAAAGCCCUCCUUGAAGCAAGAGUCUUUGGCACCAAAGAAACCGGUGGCGAAAAGUGCCCGGAAGGCUCCCAGCCCCCCAGGGCAGGAUGCCCAGUCAGAAGCUGAGCCCCCCAGAGUUGCCCGUGAGUCAGACCAAGAUGGCGCUCAGGAGGGCCCCCCGAAGAAAAAGGCCACGGGCUGGCCGGCGGCCAGGAGCCCUGUCUCAUUGAGGAAGAAGAGCCCUGUCUCGAGCUUGUGCCCUGUCUCUCAUGUCCCGGUCGACUCGGAAGGCACCAAGAAGCAGCCAGCGGCUGCAAAGAAAGGUCACAGUUCAAGAAGGGACGGCUCAGUCCCUGAGGCCUGGCGCGGCCCUCCGCGCCCGGAGUCGACACCUUUGCUGUCCCAGGGUCGCACGGCGAAGCCAGAAGGUUUGCCUCAGACCUCCAGAGCACCCAGAAAGCAUUGACUGGGGGAUCGGCCAUAUCUGAGGAGUUGAGAGAAGACCAAGGAAGACGUUCUGGGGUGGGAGCCAAGUUUUGUCACUGAAUGAAGCAGGACUUUGGGCUGUUAGGCCGCCAGUUUGGGCAGCUCUGGCUCAGAUGACGGUGAGGUCUUGGGUGGGAGGAACUCAGGGAGGCGGGGCGGCUCCGCUUUCUCUGCCAGACCUGCUUUUUCACCGCCUCUCCCACUCCCCUUCAGAGGUUGGCCAGUCAUUAGGCAGUUUAGGAAAAUUCUAGAACCUUCCCCUUUCCCCAUGGGCAGGGUCCCUGCUGUGGCCAUCUAUGUUCAGCCACGCGCCCCCUCCCCGUUCCCUGCAACUCCUCCAGGGUGCCAGCGGGCCUCUGCAGCGCCUGGCAUCUGGGCCGUGGGUUUCUUCCUCCUGCUCUUGGUGUUGCAGCCACGGUCAGUUGUGCUGAGGCCCUUGAGGCCACCGGCUUCGUUGUUCCCCCCAAGCUCCACUCAGCCAGAUGGAGGAUGGUAAGGCCCUCAGAGUGUGUUUUGGGUGGGGGAAAAAAGGUCCACUUUGGCCUUAAACCAUUCCUGAGUUUUAAAAUUUUGUGCGUUAAAAUGGUCGUUAGAUUCCCUGUUGGCGUAAACAGGAAGUUGCCGAUGCCUGGCCGUGAGGCGCUUGGCCUCGCCUGGCUUUCCGGCUGAAUCCAUUUAUUGCCGUAAGCUCUCAGCAUCUUCUAGGCCGAAGAGCACCGCUCCUGCUACAGUAAGAGAGGAAACGGUGACCUGGAAAUUGUUCACUUCUGCCACUGAAGAGAGCAGUUUGCAAACUUUUCUGGGGGCGGCCUGGGCGGGACCCAUCUAAGAUGUCACCUGAGGGAAAAAAACCCUGUGACACAUGAGUAUCUGGCUGUCUGGUGAGAGAGAGAGAGGGGCCACGUGGGAGAGAGGCCACGUCCACCUGUGUCCCGAGGGCGCUUGCUGUGGUCCUGCUUUGGGGGCGUUGGCUCGCCAUCUGCGUGCGGAUGGAGCUAGGCCAGCCCCAGAGCCUUCCGCCUCGAUGCACUCAGGGUCUCGCUUCCUGCCGUGUUUGUGUUGAAGAGCGUGAACAGUUGUUAGAUAGCUUAGCGAUGGGCCUUGGAAAAGAAGGUUCUGGAGGAGGUUCACUCCCACCCUGGUCUGUGGCUUCGAGGAGGAGGAGGAGGAGGAGGUAGGAGCUGCUGGUCUGGGUCUGUGGGCGACGGUUCCCCGGGCACGUGCAGCUCGGGAGCGAAGGGGAUCGGUGGGGAGAGUCGCUGUACCCCAGCACCUGGGUCGAACUCGGGUCCAUGGAGCCUCCAUGUUCACCUGUGGCCUCGGGUCCAUGGAGCCCCCAUGUUCACCUGUGGCCCGUGGUUAGUCAAUGUAAAUGUCUGGUGACAGAAUAAAGUUGAAGUUCGGUGUCUGUCUGGUCUCUUGUAGGCGGAGAUGGCGUGGGCCGAUGACCUUGAGGAAGGGGCGUCCCUAUUAAACCGCACAUGCCCGGCACCCCGGGAAGCGUGGGCGGUCCGGGAGGAUUGUCCGUUUUCCUCCCCUGCUGGGUGGCCUUCCACCUACCUGAGGGGCUCUCAGAGACCUUGGGGUUUUCUAGAAGUUUCUGCAGUAGGAAACUGGUGAUGCACAUUACCUAAGAAUGCUAGUUCACCUUUCAGAUCUGCAGGGAGACCGUCCCCCGCCCUUGAGACAAAGCUUGCGGUCUUUCAGCUGGAACUGUGUGUCUUCUGUCCAAGCCCUCGGCUCAGGUCGUGAGCCGGCCUGGUCGCUGCUCGGGUCACCUGUGGGCUUUGUUAGAAACCACAGCACCUGCUCGGUGGGUCCCGUGAGGGCUGCUGCCCUGGGAAGCCGAUUCUCGUCCUCAGUCGCCUGAGGGUCAGGUGCAUGUCGCUGGAGAGCGCAAGCUGUGGUAACUCACACCUGAGGAGGGGACGGGUCCGUGGGGGCCAGACUGGGGUUGGGUUGUCCGGGAAGGAAGGGGCUGAAAGGGAAGCUGGACUUUGAGGACAGGGAGUUAGCCGGGCCCUGGAUACCGUGGCCGCAAGACCCAGAGAGAAGGCCUGUACCCCAGUUCUAUAUGCAUAAAUAAAUAAAU